ACCUUCCCCCUACCACGCCACCCAAUGCUCCUCACCUCUCGCCACCUCUCCAAACGCCUCGGCCACCCCCGCUCGUACUCUCUCGACCACUCCCCCCUCUCCUUCUCCCUUCACCACGUCAACCACCGCCACCUGGACCAAGUGAAGAGGGACCGCUUCGGCGAAGAACUCGAACUCUUCAAAAAACGCUACGAAGAACCCCUCGUCAAGCUCUUCGAACUCUCUCAACGCCAAAAAAACCUCGCGCGUAAAACCCUCCGCAACCGAGCUUCCGCCAAAGACUAUCGCUCUCGCUUGAAGAUCCGGCGCGAGGCCAACGCCAAGAAAUUACAAGACGACGACGACGACCAAAAACUCAAAAAAGGAAUCGAACUAAUCCUAGACAAAACUGAGCCUUCCAUGACCAAAUUCCUAUCUGGCACCGACCGAGCAAAAACCCUAUUCGAUCACGGUAACCCCCUAGAAGAUCUAGACAUGCGCUUCGACGCCUUCGACCUAGAAGGUAAACUCUCGAAAUCCUGGUGUCCCGCAGGAUACCUCCGCGCAGAAUUCAUGCAACAACGAUUCAAAACUGCACCCGACAGAUGGCGAUUCGAAAAACACCUCCCGUACGCCGAAUGGAUAAAGGUCAUCAAAAGCGACCUGCUCAACGCCGGGCUCCCCACUCCCGAAGAAAACGAACAAAUCAGCGAAUUCCAACAACAACUCGAGCUAGAGUUCGACCAAGUCGAACUUCCCGCCCUCACUGAAAAAAAAGCCGCCAAGUACACGCCCGUCGACAUCGACAGCCCAGCGGUCUCCGAGCCGAGCUACCGCCCCGCCGCCCCCGAAAAGACUCGGAAACCCAUCGUCUAUUUUGAGCAAAACUGUCCAUUCGUGAUAGAGACCAAAGAAAAACGUCCUGCUAAACACCAUCAAGGCGCACACCGACCGCAUUCGAGUCGACUUCUACCAAAGAAAGGUCAAACUCUACAUCGACGUCCACCGACUCGGCCUGCCUAGCGAGGUGCUGAAUCGACUCCUCCAGCUAGUCGGCUCUCACUACAACCCCAGUACUCGCAUUUUGAAACUCGUCAGCGCAAAAAAAGCCGACUGUCAAAGAAAACAUAUCAAACGUCUUCAAGAUUACUCGGGCGCUUCUCAACGAGGCCUGGAAGGCCGAUCUCAACUACAUUCCUCCAACCGCCGACCCCCUGUCGCCCCAUCAACUCAUAGAAAUGGAAAUUGCUCGCAACGACAAACAAGAGCUAACAACGUUCGUCAAGCCGAGACAAUAUGUCCUGUUCCGCCUGUCGAACCUGCCGCCCCUCGAAGAUUUUGAAAAGGGGAGAGAGGCGACCAGAGAGCUGGCGCAGCAAAUUUUGACCUGUUUUAUAGAUUUGCGGCAACCUCACCGCGAAAAAAAAAAAAAAAAUUCUUUCGGUUGGAAUUAAUUUGGCUGCUUCGAAAACAUUUGAUUCCAAUAUCUUUCCUCUUCUUCAGGAGUCAGAGUUUGAUAGAAGUGAAAAUCAGUAGGUGGCUCCGAUCGGUAAGUCCCCACACCGACUGCCCCUCCGGACGGUAACUGUACUUUUCGAGCAUUUUCGUUGACUUCGUCGAUAAUAGCCUUUUCCGCGCGCAAGAACGUGAUUUUGGUUAGUCCAAGCACGCCGAGUGGGACCGAAGUGACAGGCUGCGCGAAACCCUCAGGCGUACUCGUUUUUUUCCGUGGGUCCGACAUGAGAUUGAGUCUAAUGCAGGUUGAGAAUCUAGUCAGAUAGGGGACGCACUCCGUCCCGUGGCCCUCCCUGUAGAUUCCAUUCCAAACUCCGCGGGUCCUAGGAAAAAGGGGGGGUGAGGAACUUCUAGGUGUCGAGAGAGCGAGGGGAGCCGAAGGGAGAGCGCCGUACCGUAGCACCAAAUCAAUUGCUUUGCAUAUUCGUAGCAAUCGAGCUGACCGAAGUCGUUGGGCAAGCGAACGCCGCGCAGCCGAGCAUCGGAGGCGAGAGGCGCGUUCUCCAUAGACUGGGACGAAGGCCGCAUUGACAACCUAGUACAAAAAUUUUUUUGUAAAAAACCGUCCCGAUUUUUUUUUUUCCUUCACCGCGCGGCGAAGAACUCGUCGCGAAUCUGCGGGAGCGCAAACGCGCUUCACUUCUUUUUUCUUGAGUAUACAGAUGUCAAUGUCGUCGUCGCAGAAACCGAUCGUCCAUGUCGCACUUCCCGACUCUCGAUGUGUCGAACAGGUCGUCGAUGCGGUCCCAAAAGGUCUGCGUGAAGUGCCUGUGCUCGUAAGCGAUGAUGACCGUCGAGUUCUCGUCGGUCAAGUCCGAGAGAGUCUGAACGAGGGAAUUCAGAGGGAAAAUAGGAGAAAUGCAGUCACAAAACAAUCACCCAGCU